CCAUGCAGCCUGUGCAAGUCCUCGUUGCGUUGCUUGCGUCGUUUUGGGGGGCUGCAUGGGGAGAAGGGCACCCGUUGGCGCCGACGCUUGCUUUGAGGGUCCUCGGAAGGCGCUCCCAGCUCUUGAGGCCCUCCUGCCCUGUGGGAGGGGCUUCUCGGCGGCCUCCACCUCGUGAGAGGGCCCGAUCCCUCCCAAGGAGCCCCCUCUGCCUCUAGAGAAGGCCCGCCCACCCCUCGCCCUGCCCUAGGGGAACAAAAAGUGGCAUAAAAACUCGGAGAAAUCCGCGCCGACCUCAGAGUUUUUAUGUUUAUGCCACUUUUUGUUCCCCUGUGCCCCCCCCUCCUCUGCGCGCCGGCGGGAGGUGCUGGUGGACUUUGUGGACCAAGCAGACCCGAACUGGGCCGAGCUCUCUGGGGAGAUAGACGCGGCUGCCCGGAGCAUCCGAGACCUCGGAUGCAAGGUGCCCUUUGUCAAGUUUGACGCCAGGCAGGACUGGGCUCUGGCAGAGAGGUACGUACCCCAGCGCAAGUUCCCCCAGUUGCUCUGGUUCGUGCACGGGCAGCCGACCAAAUACCAUCACACCCUGCGAAAGAUGAAGAACAUCGUGGACUUCGUGAUGGCUCUGGACCGCGACCCGAUUGAGACUGCGCAGUCCGAGGCGGAUAUCCGCAGAUACGAUCGCGCCAUCUACGCACAGUUACCAAAGUCGUCCCCGCACUUCAAACCCUCGAGGUAGUGGCGGCGCAGCACAUGGACGCUGUAGCCGUGCUCCACAGAGAAGCAGAUGUCGAGAAUGUCACCUUCGUCUCCGAGAGGGAGGGCGAGCAGAGCAUUCGAUACGACGGCGAUUUCACGGCCUCGAGCCUAGAGCAGUGGGUCCGCAACAGGCUCACGAAGUCGGAGCCGAUACCGAGGUCCCCGGACAUGUACGGGGGUUCUUUGAUAGCGGUGGGCCACACCUUGGAGGAGAUUGUGAUGCAGCCCUCGACCCCGAUGGCGGACAAAAAAGACGUCUACCUGAUGGUAUACGCCUCGUGGUGCGGCUUCUCGCGAAAAUUCAUGCCCAUCUGGGAAGAGUUCGCUAUCAGAGCUUCGAGGGUGCCGCACCUAUCUGUUGUCAAGAUGGACGGGUCCCUGAAUGGCUCUCCCCUCCAAGAUCAAGGUUUCAAGUGGGAAUCCUACCCGAAGGUGCUAUUUCUCCGGGCUGGAGAUACCACGCCAGUUGCAUUUGAUGGAGAGCGAUCCGUCAAGCAUCUCGCUGCUUUUGCCAACGAGCACGGCAGCAAGGCUUUCGACCUUGAGGACGAGGUGAACCAGACCCGCUUGGACAGGGCGUUGCGCAUGGAUGACGACGAGGGAGAGUUAUGACCUUCACACGACGAGGGAGAGUUAUGACCUUCACCUUGUAGGGACUCGUGGCUCUCGGGGCUCAUCCUGGUUCAAUGGAAUUCAGAUGAGUACACAGUUGGUGCCUGCGCUCCGGCUUGCCAGCAGGUGCCCUAGAGAUCUUUCUCACUGCCCGAUGUCGCCUGGGACCCGCUGGAGCUCAGGCACCCUGACCAGUCAAAGCAUUGACGAAACAUCCGCCCCGAUAGUUCUCAAAACAGUG